AUUUCGCUAUAUUUACCAAAAACAGAAAAGAUAAUCCUUCUGUAGCAGAGAAUCAAUGGCUUCCACAAUCUCUGCACCAAAUACUAUCCAAGCUUUCUCACUCAAUCAAGCGCGUAACCACCACGCUCCAUCUCGCAAUGCAGAAAUUCCAAAAUCCACACUCAUCAGCAGAAGAAACUUACUGUACGCGGUUACAGCAGCGCCGGCAUUGACAUUGAGAGACGCACCAGCCAAAGCACAGGAUAUUCCGUUAUUCGGACUGAGAAAGAAGCUGAAGAACGCGGAGAAAGAAGCGGAGGAAUUAGUGAAAGAAGGAUUUGAAACGGCGGAGAAAGGACUUGAAACGGCGGAGAGAGGGAUUAAAACGGCGGAGGAAGGGAUUGAAACGGCGGAGAAAGAGAUUGAAGAGGCGGUUAAAUUUGGAGGAUUGCCACAGGCUGGUGCUGUGGUUGGGGCGGAAUUUAUUGGUGUGUUGGUGGCUAGUUCUAUUGUUAAUGGAAUUUUAGGACCUGAAGCUCAAAAAUCUUAAUUAUUUUAUAAUUUUGUUUUGCUUUAUAUUAUGUAUACUUAAAUUUAUUUUGUAACUAGUACGAAACCCUCGCGAUGCUUCGGGUCGAGUUGCUUUUUGAAAUUUAAUAUGUAUUAAUGAUAAUAAUAUUUUAUA